GCUGAGGCGGGGGGAUGGUAUAGAAAGGCUUGUAUCAGCCAUGUAGAUUGUCGGAUUUGCGAUGUACUCGCAGCUUCAUUCCUUUUAAUUUUCUUUCUCUCAUUUCCUGUCCGGAGCGGUUGGAGCAGUCCAAUUAUAUCGCUUUUGCUUUCAAUUUCUUGCCCAAGUAAAACAAAACAUCAAUUGAUAUCUUACUCACGCUAUCUGUCUAAGAUGCUCCUACCAACCCUUGCAACAGCACUGGGAUUGAUUCCCCUGGCAUUGACUGCAGCUGUCCAAAUUCCGUCAACAUCUGCUGCCAGCAGUGCUUACCCAAUCACAAACCAGGGCAACCAUAGAGCUCGAGACCCCAACAUUAUCCACUACAACAAUGAGUAUUACCUCUUUCAGACUGGGUCGGGUAUUGCGUACAGCAAGGCAUCUGACCUCAGUGGACCGUGGACAUCUGUAGGAGAGGUUCUGGAUGGGAAGCCCAGUGUCAUUGACAAAGGCAACCGUUAUGAUCCCUGGGCUCCGACAGUAAUUCAGCACAACAACGAAUUCUAUUGCUUUUACAGCGUAUCGACCAUUGGUUCGCGAAAUAGCUCUAUUGGUGUCGCUACUUCUGCUACUCUUGCGCCUGGCUCGUGGACCGAUCACGGUGCAUUGAUCAAUACUGUCAGCGGCCAGUACUCGAAUAUCUCUCCUUACACUGUCUCCAAUGCAAUCGAUCCGAGUGUGAUAGUUGAGGUUAUUGGUGGCCAGGCAUAUUUGACAUUUGGUAGCUACUGGACUGAUAUAUGGCAAGUUCCAUUGACAGCCGAUCUCUUAUCGGUCCAGAAUCCACAGCAACCAAAUGCAAAACAUCUUUCCUUGACCACACCUACAUCGCAGAGUGAUAGCGAACGACCAGAGGAAGCGUCAUGGAUCAGUUAUAAAGCGCCAUAUUACUAUCUUUGGUUUAGCAAAGGGUUCUGCUGUGGACUUGACAUUAAUAACUUACCUCCGGCUGGCCAAGAAUACUCUAUUCGUGUUGGGCGCUCCUCAUCGGUGACCGGGCCGUACCUGGACAAGAACAACACUGAUCUUCUGAAUGGCGGUGGAGAGGUCGUCUAUGGCUCAAAUAGUAACGGCCAAGUCUAUGCACCAGGAAGCAGUGGUGUAUUGACCAACUACUGGGGACGAGACGUGCUGUACUAUCACUACUUGAAUCAAAGUAUAGGCCUGGCGAACGACGAUGCCUUUCUUGGAUAUAAUUAUCUAGAUUAUGAAGGCGGUUGGCCUGUCGUCACCACGACGUCGGGGUGACCGCGUCACCGCCUUUUCCAGGUUGCCUGUAAAUGAAGCUGAAGUCACUGUUUCAGGGAAGAAAAUAAUGUGCAAUUAAGCCAUACAAAUG